GCUGCUACCCACAUGUUUGGAUAUAUGUGGUAUUUGUGCUGACAAUGACUUUAAUGUACUGUAUUGGAGCUACUUUCUACAUUUUUCAAAGGAAAAAAAAACUGGGAGGUAAAUUCUCAGAGCGUGUGAAUCAUGGUGUGAGAGCUAAGAACAAGAGAGAGACCCAAGAAUCCAACCAGAAUUAGAAGUUGAGCACAGAAGAUAGCAAAUGUUCAGCUAUUAUUUACCCACCCAGGACCUAAGUUAAUAAUUCAAUGUGGGAAAUGCAACUUCUUCAUCGGGAGAAGAAAUACUCCAAGUGUUAGUGAAGAUGCUCUCAUCAAAUUUCAUGGAAUUCUCACUGCACUUUGUUCUUCAGCCCCUCCUGCUCUGCAUGUGCAUACAAGGAUCUGAUUCAUUUUAUAAGAUAAAGAACAACGAUCAUGAAACUGCUGUACUGGGGGAAAACGUGACACUAUUCUGCAAUUUGACAACUCCUGAAGAUGUUCUGCAAAUUACUUGGCAAAAGAUCCAAGAUUCUUUGCCACAAAACAUUGGCACUUACAGCAGGAAAAACGGGGCAAAGAUCCUCCCACCAUACCUGGAUCGGCUGCACUGUGAUGUCAUUGAGCCCAAGGCCUCCUUCAUCACUAUCCGUGAAGUGACAUUUGAUGAUGAAGCCUGCUACAGAUGUCUGUUUAAUAUGUUUCCACAUGGCAGCCACGGAGCACAAAUCUGCCUUCAUAUCAUAACUGUGUCUGAAUUAAAAAUUGAUCUCCAGUCUGAUCCCGACUCUGAAGGUGUUCUCAGGGCUACCUGCUCAGCUGUGGGAAAGCCUGCCCCACAAAUAUCCCUUUUCCCCUCACAAGUCCUGGUGAACCCACCUGAGGAACACCGCGCUCUGAAUCCAGAUGGCACCGUGACUGUCACUAAAACGAGCAACAUCUCUUUGGAGGCUGCUGCGUCUCUAGGAGUCCACCACCUGAUUGUACACAUGGAUCAUCCUUUACGGCCUGAAGAUAAGAUUGUUCCUCUGCCAGCGAAAGAUGAACGUAAGUAG